GCGCACGCCACUGAUUCUGCGGUAAAGAUGGCGGCGGCGGAGGGGGCGCGCAGCGGCUGGAGCAGAACGGAACGACCCCAGACGGGUCCGCUUUAAGAGAAACAGUGCUGGGGGCAUGAGGAUCGUACAUUCCCGUGUAAUAGAGCCGCUUAUCCGGUGCCGUUUGGCAGAAUUUAAUGAUUAGACUGUGUGUUGUUAGCUGUUAGGUGGUGGGUGGGUUCUCUCGCUCUCUCUCUUACACACACACUCAUACACAUAUUGCUAAGCUAAGCUAACGGAGCUUGGUCCGGUCCGGUAGAGGAGGAAGAAGAGGGGGAGGUGGGGUGACCAAGAAGGGGAAGACUAUCUUCCCGAGCAGAACAGGCCGUCGUCCCGCGGGUCGUUCGUUAGGGGAUGUGAGCGGUCCAAACGGACGGCGGGUCUUUCCACGGAUCUGUGUUAGUUUCCCACCCAGAACACUCGCAGGAUGGGACAACAGGUAGGCCGCGUGGGAGAAGGGGCUUCCGCGGGGGUCCAGACCCCACCGCAGGGGCAGCAGCAGCAGGGCAGAUCGAACCGGGCCAGCAGCUCCGGGAGGAAACCCCGAGACUGCGGCGGCAGCAACAACAUCACAGGGACGCCACCGGGCAGAACUGCCGCCGCUGUCGCUGCAGCGAACAUGAUGCUGGAUCCAGGGAUUAAUGUUUUCACUCGGCAUUCAGAGGCCCUGCACAGGCCGUUUGGAUUGGACUCAACGUCACUGACGGAGGCGGUGCGCUGGAGCUCGAAAGAGAAUCUGCUAGGUGCUGCGGAGAGUGAUCCCAACCUCUUUGUUGCGCUUUACGACUUUGUUGCCAGUGGCGACAACACGCUGAGCAUCACGAAAGGAGAGAAGCUGCGAGUGUUGGGGUACAACCAGAAUGGCGAGUGGAGUGAAGUCCGUUCGAAGAAUGGCCAGGGUUGGGUACCCAGUAACUACAUCACCCCCGUGAACAGUCUGGAAAAGCACAGCUGGUAUCAUGGGCCGGUGUCCCGCAGCGCCGCUGAGUACCUACUCAGCAGCCUGAUCAACGGCAGCUUCCUAGUGAGAGAGAGUGAGAGCAGCCCUGGCCAGCUCUCCAUCUCACUUCGCUAUGAGGGACGGGUCUAUCAUUACCGGAUCAACACCGCCUCUGACGGAAAGGUCUAUGUAACAGCUGAAAGUCGUUUCAGUACAUUAGCUGAGCUGGUUCAUCAUCAUUCCACAGUGGCCGAUGGUCUGGUAACCACAUUACACUAUCCUGCUCCAAAAUGCAACAAGCCAACAGUCUAUGGUGUCUCCCCCAUCCACGACAAGUGGGAGAUGGAGCGCACCGACAUCACUAUGAAGCACAAGUUAGGCGGAGGCCAGUACGGAGAGGUGUACGUUGGAGUUUGGAAAAAGUACAACCUCACUGUAGCUGUAAAAACACUAAAGGAGGACACCAUGGAGGUUGACGAGUUUCUGAAGGAAGCUGCAGUCAUGAAGGAGGUGAAGCAUCCCAAUUUGGUACAGUUACUGGGUGUGUGUACAUUGGAGCCUCCAUUCUACAUAGUGACUGAGUACAUGCCCCACGGGAACCUGCUGGACUACCUGCGUGAGUGUGACAGGGAACAGGUGAAUGCUGUGGUGCUGCUCUACAUGGCCACUCAGAUCUCCUCUGCCAUGGAGUAUCUGGAGAAGAAGAACUUCAUCCACAGGGACUUGGCAGCUCGUAAUUGUCUGGUUGGAGAGAAUCACGUGGUCAAGGUGGCUGAUUUUGGGCUGAGUCGGCUGAUGACAGGCGACACCUACACAGCUCAUGCGGGGGCCAAAUUCCCCAUCAAAUGGACAGCACCAGAGAGUCUGGCCUAUAACACCUUCUCCAUCAAAUCAGAUGUGUGGGCAUUUGGAGUUUUGCUCUGGGAGAUUGCGACGUAUGGCAUGUCUCCAUACCCAGGAAUCGACCUGUCCCAGGUGUACGAUCUGCUGGAGAAGGGCUACCGCAUGGAGCAGCCCGAAGGCUGUCCUCCUAAAGUCUACGAGCUCAUGAGAGCCUGUUGGCAGUGGAGUCCACUGGAUAGACCCUCAUUUGCUGAGAUUCAUCAGGCCUUUGAGACCAUGUUCCAUGACUCAAGCAUCUCGGAAGAGGUAGCCGAAGAGCUGUGUAAAACCGCAUCUGGUGGGGAUGGGGGACUUGUGCACACCUUUGGCCAUGAUAUGCCACUCUUGCCCUCAAAGUCUCGUGGGCAGAAGAAACACUCUGAGAACAAAGAAAAUAUGGAGGAGGCAGGACCCCACGGCCCUGCAGGUCUUGCAGCAUCCCUUUUUGUGGGUGAUGGCCGCUCCAGCAGCUCUCCGGCCCUCCCACGUAAACAGAGGGAUAAGUCUCCCUCUAGCCUGCUGGAGGACUCCCAGGACACAACCUUUACCCGUGACCGCAAGGCUGGCUUCUUCAGUUCUUUCAUGAAGAAGAAGUCUAUGUCUUCCUCUUCUACUUCAUCCUCACCUCAGCAGCAACAGAAUCUCCCUAUGCCUCCCAAGAGGAGCAGCUCUUUCCGGGAGAUGGAGACCCAGCCCCAUAAAAAGUAUGAGCCCACGGCUGGGUUUGCAUGCCCUCCUCCUCCUUUGCCCCAAACCGAUGGGUUGAGUUUCUCUCCAUCUCACGGAGAGGGGAACCAUGUGCAGUCCCACUGUUGUGGGGCCACGUUUGGACAGAAACCCUCAAGUUCAAACUCUGGAGCAACUUCUGGUCAAGUUGGAAGCAGCAGUAGUUGGGGAAGCCUUGCAGGCUUUUUCACCCCUCGUCUUAUCAAAAAGACCCUGGGAUUGCGGACUGGUAAGCCUUCUGGAAUAGAUGAAGGAAGUGGAACCAAGCCAUUCCCUCGUUCCAAUUCAACUUCCUCUAUGUCUGCUGGGUUGCCGGACUUAGAGCGCAUGGCAUUGACGUUACCAAGAAACCGAAGCAAACCCCCAUUAGAGCGUACAGCUUCCACCACCUCACAGCCGGAAAAUGGGGCAGCACGACCUUCGGAUGCAAUCCUGAGGAAGCUUGACGAAGGUACGGCUCAGAUACGAGACCGUCCCAAAGCCAAACUCUUGCCACGAGGGGUCGCAGGUGGAGUUAGGGCACCAGGUGUAGGGGGAGAGACAGAUUCAGACUCUAACACACUGGGAAAAGAGGGGCAAGAUGACAGGCAAGGCUGGUCAUCUCCGUCGAAAACCUCCACUCUUGGUUCGGCCAACCUGCACAACCACAAAGUUCCAGUGCUGAUCUCCCCGACCCUAAAGCACAGCUCGGCCGAUGUACACCUAGUCGGUGUGGACUCUCAGGGCAACCGCUUUAAACUGCUGUCUGACAGUGGAGAUCGGGACCGACCGCGAUUGGUGAAGCCCAAAUGUGCACCUCCUCCACCACCCAUGCUCCGCUCCCUCCAACACGCCUACAGUGCUGAUGCAGCUGAUGAAGCGGUCAGUGGAAACAUAGAGGUCAAUGGAGAUGGUGUCAAAAGGUCAGGGAGAGAAGCCAGAGGAGCACGUCCAUCAAUACCACCACCACAAGUGCCUCCAGCCCCCAUAGUCCCCUCUAGUAACACCACCACCCAAACUAAGAUGGCUAACGGUGUCUUCAGUGGCGGACCUGGCCCUACUUCCGCCAAACCCACCCUUAGACGGACUCGACUGCAGACAGAGCGGAUCCCCCUGGAGAAAAUCAGCAAGGAGGCUCUUUUGGAAUGUGCUGAAUGCUUGAGUAGUGCUCUUCAAGGCAACACCGAGCUUUCCUCCAGCAGCCAGGUCCUGGAUGCGGGACACCAACUUUUGGACUACUGCUCGGGGUAUGUCGAUUGCAUCCCCCAGACACGUAAUAAAUUUGCCUUUCGUGAGGCAGUGGGGAAACUAGAGUUGAAUCUACAGGAGCUGCGUGCUUCCUCUACAGGUGGGGGAUCGGGACCUGGGACCAGCCCGGCUCUUGACAACUUGCACACAUGCAUUAAAGAGAUCAGUGAUGUUGUGCAAAGGUAGCCACUGUGUCCACCUCCAAAACUCCUCCUUUUGUACCCCUUGAGACUUUUUGCCCUAGAAUCAAUCUAGUUUUAUUUAAAUGUUGGGGGACAGAGAAUAUUCUCUAAGUAGUACCUCAGAAAAUUACUACAAACACUCUCUAACUUUUAAUUGUUUACAGGUGACUUUCUCCUUGAAAUUGCCAGUUGGGAACAGAGUUCUUUGUAUAUAAGCUUUUUGUCACUACCAAAAUACACACAGUUUUGUUUUUGACAAAUUAAUACUUACAGUUUUAUCUUGGUUUUCACAAAUAGACAGGGGUUGCAUAGGUAAAGGUGAGCCGACUACACGUGAACUGGUCCAUUUAUCAUGCAUUUUGUUUUAAGUUACAGGUUUCCAUUCGCUUUUUUGACAAUUCAUUUGCAUUUGAUCCAUAGUAACUGGAUAUUGCAUCCAAAUGUCAAUGCAAACAUAAAAAUGCCCAACAUUUAAGACAUGAAUUGGUUUCGCUUGAGCAUAAACAACAUUGCUUGUUAAGAACCUGUAGUAGUAAUGAAUACAGAGUGCAAACACAACUCUAUGCACAAUUGUUCAGUCUCAUUUUACACACUAAAAGUGCUUCUGUCUAUAUCCCAUACUGUCAUUUUUUAUUUGGCCGCAUUUGUUAAACACUAUGACAUUUGAUGACCAUUCAUAAUUAGCCUUCAUUUUGACAUGGUCCAUGCAUUAUUGUUGCUAGUAGUGGUUUGCUGUGCAUAGUUGAAACGGUGUUGGGUCCGUCACCACAUGGAUCAUAUUUGGCCUUUUAUAUCCGUGGCC